UGAAGCCCGCCGCCCCCUCCCCUCGCCCGCCCUGCGCCCGCGGCCUCCCAGCCCCACCCCAGAAGACCGGAGCAGAGCGGCGGGCGGCUGGAGCCCGAGGCAGGUGCCCGCAUCCCGCGGGGAGGCCCGGAGAGCGCGCUGGAGGCUGGCAACGGGACCCGGCCGUGAGCGCCCGAUCCUCCAUCUGGAGCCCGUGGCAUCCCCCUUUCUCGAGUCUGGUGGCCUGGGUCUCGGAGGAGCCGAGGGGUGCGGCAUGGACAAGAGGGACAAGGCCAGGGCUGGGGCCACCGCGCGGACGCCGGCUUCUCGCCCUCCUGGCCUUCCGACCCCCAGACCCCCAGGGUCCCCCCGACCCCCUCCCCCAGUAACCAGCGCGGCCCUCCGAGUUCUGGGAGCCGCGGGAGCUGCGGGGCGAGGGCCCCUGGCUGAGCGAGCUGGGGGCGUCCGGGCAGCCGUCGUCCCAGAGACUGCUUCCCGGGUGGGACCAACGCGGAGCGGCGGGACCGGCCCCCGGAGCCCGGCCUCCAGGCCCCCGGUGGCUGGGAGAGGGGAGCGGCCCCCUGCCAAGACCCCCGGCCCGGCCUCUAUCUCUAGCCCGGGGCGUUCCAGCGGCACCGCCAGGGGAGGCCCUCUUGGGCAGAAGGGGCUCCGGCCCCAAGCUGAGGAAGCUGCGGCCAGAGGAAAAGCCCCAGAAGCGCCCAGAAGGAGCGCCCUGAGCGCCGCGGCACGGAGAGACUUAUCGGGGCCCCCUCCAGGCACCUCUUCCCCGGCCAUCUCCCGUCGGUCCCGGGCUGCGGGUGCUGAGGUGGGUCUCCCCCGAGCAGCCCCGAGUGCUCGGCCGCGGCCUCCGAACGAGGCCCCCAAGAAAUCAAUGGGCAGCGCCCCGGAGCGCAGCACAGCAGAGCCGAGCGCCGCCGCCAGGAGGCGACCCAGCGCCGGCGGGGGCCUCCAGAGGCCAGCUUCGCGCCCCCCGGCCUCCAGCGCCACUCCUCUGUCCUCUCCAGCCCGCUCUGGGGCCUCGCUCGCAGGAACACCCCGCGUUCCGGGGCAUUCUUCGCAGUCCAAGUCGAAAGGGCAGCAGGUUCUGCGCCCCCCACAGGCCACGCCCCCAAGGAGGAGCUCAGUCCCCGGUCCUCGAACCUCUACUCCUUCGACCAUACCCCCUCCGCCAGGUUUGCCCGCACAGCCGGCACCGCCUCCUCUCACCACAGCCACUGGCCUGCCAGACACGCUCCCGCCCUCGCCUCCGACCACGCCCCCCUCGACUCUACCCUGCCCGUUGGCCACGCCCCUCAUACUAGCCCCUCCUCCCUCAGCUACACUCUUUCUUCAGCCCCUCCCCUCCCCUCCAGCCACACCCCCUCUUCAGGCUCCACCCACACAGGGUGCCUCCUUUCCGGACUUGCCCGCCUCUCCUUCGGCCACUUUUCUGGUCCCAUUCUCUCCAUCAGUGGCGCCCCCUCCGCAAAGUAUGACCCCCACCCACUCUUCUCCGGUUUUGCCCCCUCUUCCGACACCGCGUUAUCCUUUGGCCACACCCACCCCGCCGUCCUUUUCCGCUUUAACCACGCCUCCUCUUCAGACUCCGCCCUGUGCGCUGGCCACGCCUCCAACGCAGGACCCUCCUCUGGCCGCAUCCCCUUCGCAAGCCUCUCUGACCAGCCUCUCCCCGCAGGGUCCUCUGUGCUCUCCGUCGGCCUUGCUCUCACUGCCUCUGCAGGCUCCUCCCUCUCCCCUUGCCACGCCCCCUCCACACACCACGCCUCGCUCGCAGACACCAUCUCCUCUGGCCACACCUCUUCCAGCCCUGCCCUCUCCCCAGACCCUGCCCCCUACACAGACCCCACCACCUCUGCAGGCCAUUCCGUCUUCAGCUGAGGCCCCUCUGCAGGCCCUGCCUUCCCUGGCCUUGCCCCCUUUGCAGGCCCCUCCUUCUCUUCCCCCUCCCCUGGACACGCCCCCUUACCCAGCCCCACCGUGUUUGGCCUUGCCCCCUCUUCAGGUCCCUCCCUCCUCCAUGGCCACAGCCCCUCCUGAGGGUCCACAUUCCCUGGCCUUGCCCUCUGUGCAGUCCCCUCCCUCUCCCCCUGCCUCACCCCCUCUGCAGGUCUCUCCCCUCCCCAUGACCUCGCUUCCUCUACAGACCCCUCCUCCCCCUAUGCACGUCCCUCCCUUUCGCUUGACCACGCCCCCUCAUCAGGCCACGCCCUCCCUCCCUGCCUCAUCCCCUCUGCAGGUCCCUCUCUCCCCAAUGGCCACACUCCCUUCGCAGGCCCCACCUCCCCGGGCUCUGUUCCCUCUGCAGUCCCCUCCCUCUCCUCCUGCUUCCCCCACUCUGGAGGUCCCUCCGCAGCCCCUGGCCACGCCUCCUCCGCAGGCCCCUCCCUCUCCCCCUGCCUCCCCGACGCUGCAGGUCCCUCCGCUCCCCCUGACCACGCUCCCUUCGCAGGCCCCACCUUCCCUGGCCGCGCUCCCUCUGCAGGCAUCCCCCUCUCCGCUGGCCUCACCCCCUCUGCACGCCCCACGCCGUCCCCCGACCCCAGGUCCCGAUGCCCCGGUCUCAGGCCCGCGGCUGACCCUGGCGCUGGCCCCGGCUCCGCCGCCGCCGUCGCGCAGCCCAUCCAGCACGCUGAGCGGCCCGGACCUAGCGGGCCACAGCAGCAGCGCCACGAGCACGCCUGAGGAGCUGCGCGGCUACGACAGCGGGCCGGAGGGCGGCGCUGUGGGCUCCCCGCCCGCCGACGCCGAGCUUGCCGCCUGCCACCCGGCCUCCUGGAGCCGCAGCCCCGCGCCGCCGCUGGCCGUUCGUGGCACCCCAGGGGAGCCGCUUCCCUGGUCUCCCGCUGCCGGGACGAGCUCCGCCGAGGGCCUGUGUACUAUCUACGAGGCCGAAGGGCCCGAGUCGGCGCCUGCCGCCUCCGGCGUGCUGGAUCCUGGGUCUGGGCCUGGCGCGGGCGGUGGGAAGGCGGCGGCGGCGGCGGCGGCAGCAGCGGCGGGGGUGGUCCCGCGGGGCGCAAAGCCGGCGCGCCUGGGCGAGCUGCCGCUGGGGGCGCUGCAGGCGAGCGUCGUGCAGCACCUGCUGAGCCGGACGCUGCUGCUCGCGGCAGCCGAAGGUGCCGCGGGCGGCGACGGCGGUGGGGACCCCGGGGACUCGGGGGCCGGUGGCGUCGGGGCCGGUGCCCGGACUGCGCUCAGCGAUGCUGAACUGGGCCGCUGGGCCGAACUGUUGUCUCCCCUGGACGAGUCCCGCGCCAGCAUCACCUCGGUCACCAGCUUCUCCCCGGACGACGUGGCUUCCCCACAGGGUGACUGGACCGUGGUGGAGGUGGAGACCUUCCACUGAGCCAGACCCCGGGCCCGCUCACUCACCCCGCCCCAGCUUUAAGAUUCGCCCCUCCGAUACGCCUGUCUUAGACCCCCACCCUCCUCCGCCAGAGUCCUGGUCUGUGGAUCGGUCUUAGUCCCCUAGAGCCCUAGAAUUGUGGCCGAGUCUCCCGACCCAUCCGCCUACGGCCAAGGUUCUGACUGAACCCCGCCCCUUUGGCUUAGGACUCCCUCCCUUUCCUGGAGCCCCGUCCCCUUCGGCCUAUGCCCCGCCCCAUGUCCUGUGUUGUCAGCCGCGCGCAGCUCAGUUUGCAAUAAAGCCUGGAAGUUGUA